AUGUUUCCGAGCCUGCGAAAGAAGUUCUCCAGUGACCGCUCCAGGUCCGCAGCAGAUGGAUCCUUCGAGGACGAUGCAGACGUGCAAAUGUAUGAUAACGGACACUGGCAAGAUGUUGAAGUCAGUCGUCACCCGGGACGCGAUGACUUCCGCGACGAGACACCGUACAUGUCGGGAGCGCUGCCCGUAGAACAGCCCCAUCAAGCCUCUGACGUUCGAGGAUCGCAGCUACUUGCUAGCGUAGGCCUCAAAGACAACCGGCCAAACUUCACAUUCCGAGCAUCGUCUCCAGUCAAGAUGGACAAGCAAAGCAGUGGCCAUUGUCCGGUUCAUUUGCCUACUGAGCCUUCAUACAUUCGUCUUAUGGAUGGUUUGUCGCGCGACAAUGGGAUGGAGCUCGGUCUGAAAGAUCCUCGCGAGCAGACAAGCACGGACUAUCGUAACGAUGGCAGGAAUAGGCAAGUACUACCUGCUUAUCGACAUGAGCACAACGCCGAACGAGUUGAUGACCGGAGGCCUUUGGAUCUUGGACAUCCGUUCAUGCACCAGUCGCCACACAGAUCUCCGGCCUCUGUCGAUGCGCGUCAAUAUCCUUCUAGCGACCACCAGACUAACGAAUACACAAACAGAGCUCACGGCAUGCCGGAUCUUGGCCCCACUACGCCAGCACCGAGGCGCCAACAAAAUCCCGGCCAUCAGAUCGAGAGUGUAUUCCGAUCAUUCCGGCGAUUAUCAGUCACGAAGGUCAAGGACGAACCAACCUCGGGCCGGCUGGGUUGA